AUGGGCGAGCAAGAUAAGUUGUUCGUGGGGCUGGUCCUCUGCUCGACGGGACUGGAGCUGGACGUCAAGGAACAAGUGCGCAAGAUCGUCGUGGCCUGUGGCGGUCGCUUUGAGGACGAUUUAGACCCGACCAGCACCACACACUUGAUUGCCGAGGCCGUGGGCUCUUUAAAACACCGCGCUGCAGUAGCUCACGAACUCCCAGUCGCGUCUCCUCGCUGGGUUUUUGAGAGUUUCCGGGCCCAAAAACUACUAAACAUCAAUGAAUUCGCUCUCCGACUACUAGAAGGGAUGGGGAUCUGCACUGCCGGCCUGUCAAUGGAGGAGAAGGAGGCGGUGGCGCAGCAGGCCACAGCCCAUGGAGCGCAAUACGACGGUAGAUUAGAGCUGGGUUUUACUAGUAUUCUCAUCGCCAAACGCCCUCAAGGAGCCAAGUACGAGGCCGCAGUAGCCAAUGACAUUCCAGUAGUCCAUCUGGGAUGGCUCUACGCCUGUAUAGAGAGAGACAUAGUCGUAGAGGAAGAAGAGUUCGCUCUACAUUCUCAAGCAGAGACCACGAGUGUAGAGCCCACACACAUCGCCGUGAACCACCUUAAAGACGCUCAAGAAUUAGUGGCUACAUUACCAGAGAUCAUCACGAGAUAUCGUCACAAAGAGGAGCUACAAGAAGACCAAGAUUGGGUGGAAUUAUUCGACGGAUGUGUGUUAUAUCUACUGGGGUUCUCACCUCAAAUGAAUACUUUGUUACAGCGACUGAUACGCGCCGGCAUGGGCACAAUCUACCACAACGUGGUGCUACGUCACGUGACGCACGUUGUGGUGAGUGCGUCACUGUCGGAUAAACUGACACUGCCGGCCAUCCGAACGCGGGUGGCCGCCGGCACUCAAGUGCACUUUGUAUCCGCUAGCUGGCUGCUUGACUGUGUCAAGUGUCUAGCUCUCCAGCCAGAGGAGCUUUACCCGGUCGAAUUCGACGCUAACGUGCCGGAAACAGCACUUUCCGGCACUGCUAGUGGCCGGAAAAGUGUCGAGCCGGCAGACCCGACCUCCGAGUCCGUGAUUCUGUCCGAAGAUCUACCGGAAAAGGCCGACGCAGACAGCAUUCUAGAGCAGAAGAGCACAGCCAUUUUCUCGGGGUAUUCGUUCCUGCUCUUGUGUCGAGACCCAGAGGAUACCCACAUGAUCCAGCCAAUGUUGAAAGACAUCAGAGGCCGGCACGGAGGUGCCGAAGCCGUUGCACUAGCUGCAGUGGACUUCCCACGCGUGGACCCCGAGCAAUUCUCGUUUAUCAGUCACGCAGUUGUCUGUACCGGCGUCGGGAUGGAUGAGGAGGAGGCUCUGAAGACGCAAGAACGCAUCCACAAGGUCCAACGACAGCUACGCGAUAGGCACGAGACCCCGCGACAGAGAAUGCUUCAGUUUGUAUCGGAUUUGUGGGUCAACUGCUCGCUGGCUGCCAAGAUGAAGCUGUCCUUCUCUUCGCAUGAACUCUUCGGUGUCAGUGCGCACCGUCCUCGUGCGCUCUUCACGUGUCCCGUGCCGAUACGAGACUUCCGAGACGUGACGGCGUCCACGUCGGUGUACCGGCAAGUGGAGCAACUGGUGGUGACGGAGCUGCUGCGACUUGCCGGCGCUCGAGUGACGACCAAACUUAGUGCACAGAACACGCAUCUGGUGUGUCGAAAAGGCUUCGGGAUGAAGUUUGACAAGGCCAAGAAGUGGGGGCUUCAAGUGGUCAAAGCACGCUGGGUUGUCGACAGUCUACUGCAAGGCAGACGCCUUGGCGAGGACACUCCGGGCUUUGAAGUGGAAGACGAGAGUGAAGCCAGGAGGCCUGCGCGUACAGAGGAGGAGAUGACACUGUCGCAGUCAGGCAUUCCGAAAUAA